AUGCUCGAGCUACAGCUCCCUCACCCAAUGCCUCACGCUCUUCCUCGGGCGCCUCUCGACCUCUACACUCCACUGGCCCGCAACUCCAUGAAGCUGGACGGCGCCAUGCAGCUCCCCUACCCGAAAAUGGCCAGUGGUCGUGAUCUGGACCCCAUGCGGACAGCUUCGAGAGCGGCGCCUUUGACCCCUCCCGAUCUCCCAGGUUCUGCCGUCAGAGUGGUGUCGUUGCCGCCGACACAGGGUGCUGGACACCAGUACGGAUACCAACUACCGGCGAUUGGCAACUCGAGAUCAGCUACCGCACCUCGAAGUCCAAGCCCGCACAGGCAGUCACAGCAGCCAGCUCAAGACGUUGUGCAGACACCCAGGAAAAAAUGGUCCAUUUCGCCAAAUCUUCGGGUACCCAGCACAAUCAAUACACCGCAGGAGGGUCUUCCCCAAUUAGCUGCCGAGAUCACCUGCCUCUUCUGGUUCGAAAGCUCGACUGUGCUGAAACAGGUCUUGGAGGUCUCCUCGCCACACCAAGCGAUUCGCCCCCUCGUUCCCGACGCACACCCUACAAUUGGCUUCAAGAAAUGGGUAACCACCAUCUUGACGACUACCCAGGUCGCUCAGAAUGUGAUUCUCUUGGCAUUGCUGUUCAUCUACAGACUCAAACUCACAAACCCAACGGUCAAGGGCAAGCCAGGCAGUGAGUACCGCCUGCUGACGGUAGCACUCAUGUUGGGCAACAAGUUCUUGGAUGACAACACCUAUACGAACAAGACUUGGGCAGAGGUUUCUGGCAUUUCAGUGCAGGAAGUACACAUCAUGGAAGUGGAAUUUCUGAGCAAUAUGCGCUAUAGCCUGUUCACCUCGAAGAAGAAGUGGGAAGAGUGGCACGUUAUCCUCGGCAAGUUUGGCACUUUCUUUGACCGCGCUUCCCAGGUGCCAGCGUCUGGUACAGCUGUGAGUCCUUCAGCAUCGUCAACGCCCGUGCUCUCGAUGCCGCCAAACUUCGUCCCGUCACCACCGACCAAGCAGCGAACCUCUCCACCUACGUCGAUGAUGUAUUCCCCUAGUCAUCUGGCACCCUCGCAAACUCCGCUUUUGCAACCACAACCAACUUGUGCCACUCUGUCGCCCAUUGGUGCUCUGCCUGAAUUGGGUCCCAUUCAACGGAAGCGUAGCAUCGAUCACGAAUCUGAACCACCUUUCAAGCGACAUGCUCACGGCUUUACUCCUGGACCCUACAGCAACGCUCCCCCAAUACCUACAUUACAGACGCCUGUGAAUAGGUCCUUUGAGCCUCCUCCUUCCAUGAAUCGGCUGCCGCCUCUCCCAAGCCUUCAGAUACCUACGCCGCAUCAGGUGCCACCGCAGCAAGUCCGUAACUGGUCAGACUUGCCUCUCCCGGCUCCGGGUGGCCGAAACAACACGGGCACGGUGUACCCCCCUCCAGUACAGUGGCAGCAACCAUCCACCACUCCCAGCUCGUCAGCUCCGCCUCCCUUUAAUAAUAGUUACACGACCACGACCGAGCGUCCCCACCAGAUGAGCCCAUAUGCCCACUCCAACGGAUCAUCGCCAGUCUCUGCUUCUUUCCCAGCAUCGGCAUCACGACAAUUGUCACCAUCCUACUUCUUGAACCAGCGCCAGUCACCCUAUCGCCCCGUUCGAGGAGUCCAGACCCUCUUGGUGCCCCCGCCACAGACAUCGGUCCAGAAUCCAGCGAGGAAUAUUGCAUUUGAGCAAAUGCAAUACCAACCUCUGGGUAGACCUAUGACGGAGCGUCGUGCUGGACUUUUGCCGUAUAUGGACCGCGGUGCAUGGCCUGGAUCGAACCAGUUCAAUCAAUUACCUGCGCCGCAGCAGCCGAUAUUCCGCUAG